UGUGUCCUGACCCCCAGCUGGGCCGGCCCCCACUCCCUGAGGUAUUUCUACACCAUCGUGUCCCGGCCCGGCCGCCGGGAGCCCCGCUUCCUCUCCGUCGGCUACGUGGACGACACGCAGUUCGUGCGGUUCGACAGCGACGCGGCGAGUCCGAGGAUGGAGCCGCGGGCGCCGUGGAUGCAGCAGCCGUGGGUGGAACGGGAGAUGUCGGGGUAUUGGGACCGGAACACGCAGAUCAGCAAGGAAACCGCACAGACUUACCGAGUGGGACUGCAGAGCCUGCGCGGCUACUACAACCAGAGCGAGGACGGGCCUCACACCCUCCAGAGGAUGUCUGGCUGCGACGUGGGCCUCGACGGGCGCCUCCUCCGCGGGUACGAGCAAUACGCCUACGACGGCGGCGACUACAUCGCCCUGAACGAGGACCUGACCUCCUGGACCGCGGCCGACACGGCGGCUCAGAUCACCCGGCGCAAGUGGGAGGCGGUCGGUGCAGCAGAGCGUUACAGGAGCUACCUGGAGGGCCUGUGUGUGGAGUCGCUGUUCAUGUACCUGGACAGAGGGAAGGAGACCCUGCAGCGCGCAGACCCCCCAAAGGCUCACGUGACCCACCACCCCGUCUCCGCCCGUGAGGUCACCCUGAGGUGCUGGGCGCUGGGCUUCUAUCCUGCGGACAUCGCCCUGACCUGGCAGCGUGACGGGGAGGACCAGACCCAGGACAUGGAGCUGGUGGAGACCAGGCCUGCGGGGGACGGCACCUUCCAGAAGUGGGCGGCCGUGGGGGUGCCCCCUGGAGAGGAGCAGAGAUACACGUGCCAUGUGCAGCAUGAGGGGCUGCCUGAGCCUCUGACCCUGAGAUGGGAGCCACCUACUCAGACCUCCAUCAUCGUCAUCAUGGGCAUCGCUGGGGGCCUGGUUCUGCUGGGAGCUGUGGCCGGAGCUGUGCUGUGCGGGAGGAGGCGCUUAGGUGGGAAUGGAGGGAGCUACGCUUAGGCUGUCAGCAGUGACCGCGCCCAGGGCCCUGAGGUGCCUCUCUGGAGCGUGAGGCAGCUGCCUUGUGGGGACCAAGUGAUGGGAGAUGUGUUCAUGCUCCCACUUCCUGACCCAAGAACCUCUGAUGGGGGGCUGGCCCCGCCCUGCUCCCCACACUCUCGUGCGAGCAGAGGAGGGGCGGGGCCCUCCCUGCCUUUACUCCCUGGUGCUCUGAGCUGCCACUUCCUGCUCCCGCCUUGAAUUGAGAUUCUGGAUGUGACUCUGUUUGUUCAUCUCUUGCCAAGAAGGUUUGGGGGGUUAAUUAAAGGGGAAGAUCCU